AUGGCUAUUACAAAUGAGGAAAUAAAAACUGCCAGCAAAAUUGUAAGAAGAGUAUCAAAUAUUGAGGCUUUUGAUAAAUCUGGAACUGUAUUUAAAGGAUAUCAAAUAUGGACGGAUAUAUCUCCGACAAUAGAGGAAAAUCCAAAUAUUAUGUUUGUAAAAUGUGUUGUUCAGCAAGGAUCUAAUAGAGAAAAACUAAACGUUGUGCAAAUUGACCCACCAGGAUCAGGAUCUGCAUACGAAAUUGAUAUCAAUCACGCAUGGAAUUGUAAUUCACAAAUAGAUCCUAUGUCGUUUGGUGAUAUCGGUUUGCUAAACCACACCAACAUCCCUUGUGUACUUGAUUUCCUGAAGCAUAGAUAUUUCAAGAAUCAGAUAUACACCACUGCUACUCCCCUUAUUGUUGCUAUAAAUCCAUACAAAGAUUUAGGGAACACAACUGCUGAAUGGAUUCGAAAGUAUCGUGAUGCUGCUGAUCAUACAAGACUACCACCACAUAUUUUUUCAUGUGCAAGGGAAGCUCUUUCAAAUCUUCAUGGUGUGAAUAAAAGCCAAACAAUCAUUGUUUCUGGUGAAUCUGGUGCAGGAAAAACUGAAGCAACUAAGCAAAUUAUGAGAUAUUUUGCUUCAUCGAAAAGUGGAAAUAUGGACCUAAGAAUCCAAACAGCGAUUAUGGCAGCUAACCCAGUUCUCGAAGCUUUUGGUAAUGCAAAAACACUUAGAAAUAACAAUUCAUCACGUUUUGGUCGUUUUAUGCAGUUGGUUAUAUCUCAUGAGGGAGGUAUUAGGAAUGGAUCAGUUGUUGCUUUUUUGUUAGAAAAAUCUAGAAUUAUAACCCAAGAUGAUAAUGAAAGAUCAUAUCACAUAUUUUAUCAGUUUCUCAAGGGUGCAAGUAAAAGUAUGAGAGAGAAAUUCGGAUUGAAAGAUGUGAAACAUUACAAAUUAUUGAAUCCUAAUUCAACUGAUGUAAAUGGUGUAGAUGAUGUAAAAGAUUUUGAAGAAGUAAUGGAAUCAUUACAAAAUAUGCAAUUGACGGAAAAUCAGAUUGAAGUUAUAUUUUCUAUAGUAGCUGGUAUAUUAACAUUGGGAAAUGUUAGAUUAGUAGAAAAAGCAGAAGCGGGAUUAAAUGAUGCAGCAGCUAUUCAUGAUGCUGACAUGGAUAUCUUUAACAGAGCUUGUGAAUUAAUGUUUUUAGAUCCAGAAUCAGUUAAGAGAGAAUUAUUAAUUAAAGUUACCAUUGCUGGAGGAAACAAAAUUGAAGGUAGAUGGAAUAAAAAUGAUGCAGAAGUGUUACAAUUGUCUCUUUGUAAAGCUAUGUAUGAAAAAUUAUUUUUAUGGAUAAUCAAGAAUUUAAAUAGUAGGAUUGAACCUGAAGGUGGAUUCAAAGCGUUUAUGGGUAUGUUGGAUAUUUUCGGCUUUGAGGUAUUUAAAAACAAUUCACUUGAACAAUUAUUCAUUAACAUCACAAAUGAAAUGCUUCAGAAAAACUUUAUUGAUAUCGUGUUUGAAAGGGAAUCUAAAUUAUACAUAGAAGAAGGAAUAUCAACAUCUGUAUUGAAUUACACAAGUAACAAGCCAGUUAUUGACUUACUAUGUGAAAGAGGAAAAUCCAUUCUUUCUUAUUUGGAAGAUCAAUGCCUUGCCCCAGGUGGAUCAGACGAGAAGUUUGUAAGUGCUUGUAUUACAAAUUUGAAGAAUAAUGACAGAUUUACACCAGCAAAAGUUGCAUCUAACAAAAAUUUUGUAAUUCAGCACACUAUUGGACCGAUUCAAUAUUGCUCUGAGAACUUUUUACUCAAAAAUAAAGACGUCUUAAGAGGUGAACUAGUAGAAGUUAUUAAAGAUUCAUCAAAUGAAAUAGUAAAAGAUUUGUUUGAAGGUCAAGUUAUAGAAAAGGGUAAAAUAGCAAAGGGUUCAUUAAUAGGCUCUCAAUUUUUAAACCAGUUGACAGCAUUAAUGGCAUUAAUAAAUAGCACAGAACCGCAUUUCAUUCGCUGUAUUAAACCAAAUGAAAAUAAGAAACCUUUGGAAUGGUGUGAACCUAAAAUUUUAAUCCAACUCCAUGCUUUAUCUAUUUUAGAGGCCUUGGUAUUACGUCAAUUAGGCUAUUCGUAUCGAAGAACAUUUGAAGACUUUUUAUAUCAGUACAAAUUUGUGGAUAUUUCAGUUGCUGAAAAUUCUUCCUUGGAUGCUAGAUCUAAAUGUGAAAAAUUGUUACAGUGUUCAGGAAUUUCUCAGGACAUACAAAAAAUUGGAAAGACAAUGGUAUUUCUGAAACAAGAAGGUGCAAAAUUGUUGUCAACCAUACAGAGAGAAAAACUUGUUGAGUGGGAAAAUUGCGUGAGCGUAAUCGAAGCUGCUAUCAUCAAGCACAAGUACAAGCAUAAGCUUAAUGAAAAUGUCCCAUCUCUAAUGCGAGUUCAAGCACACAUUAGAAAAAGACAAGCUGUGUAA